AUGGACACCCUCCUCCAUUCGAAAGAGCGUUCGCCAUUAAAGCUAGACGAAAUCGGCUAUGAUAGCGGAGCUAAGCUCAUGGCAGGCGGUUCAUCGGCACUACACGACCACGUAGCGAGUCGAUUGGAACUCUCACUGAAUAAACCUCUUCCACAAGUAGAAGUGCGUUUCAGGGACCUGUCCGUUUCUGCGCGAGUUGUUGUUCAAGAUGAUUCGCACAGCAAGUACGAACUUCCAACGCUGUUUAACGUGGCCAAGACGGGGGUUCUCAAGUUGCUCUCGAAGAAGAAUGUGGUGGAGAAGCAGAUCCUUCACCCGGUGAGCGGUGUCUUCAAGCCCAGCACGAUGACACUGGUGGUGGGACAACCUGGAUCUGGCAAGUCUUCGUUGAUGAAGCUCCUAAGCGGUCGAUUUCCAGCGUCCAACAAUGUGGAAGUGGAGGGCGAGAUCACAUACAACGGCAUACCCCAAGACAAGUUACGUAAACGACUCCCUCAGUUCGUGUCGUAUGUGCCUCAACACGACAAGCAUCUGCCAACUUUGACUGUGAAAGAAGCACUGGAAUUUGCACACGCCUGUAGUGGUGCCGAGCUGUCCAAGACCGAUGAACAGCAACUCGUGAAUGGAUCGGACGAAGAGAACAAAGCUGCUAUGGCAGCAGCUCGAGCGUUGCGUAAGCAUUAUCCUGAUGUGAUGAUUCGACAAUUGGGACUCGAGAACUGCCAGAACACCGUCGUGGGCGACGCCAUGUUGCGUGGUGUUUCUGGUGGGGAACGCAAGCGUGUGACCACCGGUGAGAUGGCAUUCGGCAAGAACUACGUCAUGUUGAUGGAUGAAAUCAGUACGGGUCUCGAUAGUGCUGCGACGCUGGACAUUGUCAAGACACUACGCAGCUUGGCCAAGAAUUUCCGAAGGACGGUCGUGAUCUCGCUAUUGCAGCCGUCUCCAGAAGUUUUUGCCUUGUUCGACGACGUGAUGCUACUGAACGAUGGAUACGUCAUGUACCAUGGUCCUCGUGAGCAAGCACUGGACUACUUUGAAAGUUUGGGGUUCAAGUGUCCUCCCAAUCGUGAUGUAGCUGACUUUCUCAUGGAUCUGGGCACGAACAAACAGCACCAGUAUGAGAUCGGAACUGCUCCGUCAAGUGCACAGCAGUUUCGAAAGGCAUUUGAGCAAUCCUCCACUCAUCAACACUUGCUCGAUGCUGUUCUAGCGCCUGUGGACUCAAGUCUCGAUCGUGACAACGCACUCCAUAUCUCACCUCUUCCCGAAUUUCAUCAGAAUUUCGCGGACGGCACAUGGACUCUGAUCAAACGAGAGAUGGCAGUGACGAUGCGAGAUACAAGUGCCGUGCGAAGCCGCUUCUACAUGGCAGUUGUGAUGGGACUUCUCCACGCGAGCACCUUCUACCAAUUCGACGAUGUGAACUCGCAACUGGUAAUGGGCAUCGCUUUUGUUACGAUCAACUUCGUGGCAACGAGUCACAUGGCGCUCAUCCCUGCCGUCAUGGCUAUGAGAGAUGUACUAUACAAGCAACGCGGGGCGAAUUUCUUUCGCGUGUCAUCGUACGUGAUCGCACGGUUCAUAAGCCACAUCCCCGUUGGCCUCAUGGAGUCUCUUGUCUUCGGUUCGUUCAUGUACUGGAUGUGCGGAUUCGUACCGACAGUGGGUGGGUAUUUCUUGUUUGAGUUGGUCCUGUUCUUCGUGAGUAUGGUGGCUGCGGCGCUGUUCUUCUUCAUCGCGUGUGUGUCGCCAAAUCUCAACGUGGCGUUACCAGUUACGAUGCUCAUGCUUCUCUUCUUCGUCACGUUCUCCGGCUACGUCGUCACCAAAGAUAUGAUUCCUGACUAUAUGGUGUGGGUUUACUGGCUCAGUCCACAUGGUUGGGGUGUUCGAGCGCUUGCAGUGAAUCAGUACAACGACCAACGGUUUCUCACCUGUGUGUAUGAAGGCGUUGAUUACUGCGCACGAUACGGCAUGCAAGCUGGCGAGUAUCUAUUGAGCGUGUACGGUGUACCGACACAGAAGCAUUGGCUGUGGUUUGGUCUGGUGUUCCUCGUGGCGCUCUACGUUUUCUUUAUGGUAAUGUCUUGCUUAGUACUGGAAUACUUACGCUUCGAAAGCUCUGGAAAUUCUGCUGUCAGUGGAGACAACACUGCAAGUGACGAGUCUUCGACAGAGGAGAACUAUGGGCUCAUGAAGACUCCGAAGGGAGCUACCAGCAACGACGAACAACUAGAAGCUGUUAUCACUGUUUCUCCUCCAGAGCACAAGAACAAUUUCGUUCCGGUUACUCUCGCAUUCAAGGACUUGUGGUAUUCAGUUCCGGAUCCUGCGAAUCCCAAGGGAGAUAUCGACUUGCUCAAGGGUGUUAGUGGUUUUGCCUUACCGGGCACAAUGACUGCUUUAAUGGGGUCUUCCGGUGCAGGUAAGACGACUCUGAUGGACGUGAUCGCUGGUCGAAAGACCGGAGGUAAGAUCCGUGGAGCGAUCCUACUAAAUGGACAUCCCGCCACCGAGCUCGCCAUUCGUCGAUCGACGGGCUAUUGCGAGCAAAUGGACAUCCACUCAGACACCUCUACAUUCCGUGAAGCCUUGACGUUUAGUGCGUUCCUUCGUCAAGGCUCUGAUAUUCCUGACAGUGCGAAGUAUGACUCGGUGAAUGAGUGUCUGGAGCUGCUGGACUUGAACCCCAUCGCGGACCAGAUCAUUCGUGGUAGCUCGAUGGAGCAGAUGAAGCGACUUACUAUCGGUGUGGAGCUUGCAGCGCAGCCCAGUGUGCUCUUUCUUGAUGAACCUACCAGCGGUCUCGAUGCUAGGUCAGCCAAGUACAUCAUGGAUGGCGUCCGAAAGGUGGCUGACACGGGACGAACAAUCGUGUGCACCAUUCAUCAACCAUCAGCAGUGGUAUUCCAGGUGUUUGACAGCUUGCUGCUACUAAAGCGUGGUGGAGAGAUGGUUUUCUUUGGUGAACUUGGCUCAAAAGCUUCUGAGUUGGUUAGCUACUUCGAGGCGAUCGAUAGCGUCCCCAAGCUUGAGCCGGAUUAUAACCCGGCUACGUGGAUGCUAGAGGUGAUCGGAGCUGGAGUUGGUAAUGUCAAUGCUGACGUUACGGACUUCGUUGCUCUCUUCAAGAACAGCGAAAAGAAUCGUCAACUACAAUUGAACUUGGAUCGUGAAGGGGUGACGCGACCUUCAUCUUCUCUCCCGGCUCUAACCUUUGGUCGCAAGCGAGCUGCCAGUAGUAUGACGCAGGCGAGGUUCUUGAUCAAGCGGUUCUUCGAUUUGUACUGGCGAACGGCGUCGUACAAUUUGACACGAUUCAUCAUCUCGGUGAUCCUGGGUCUAGUGUUCGGCAUCACUUACAUUGGGGCCGAGUACAGUUCGUACCAGGGCAUCAAUUCCGGUAUGGGCAUGAUCUUCAUGGCAGCCUCCUACAUCACCUUCAUCACAUUGAGUGGAGUUCUCCCCGUCACAUACCAGGAACGAGUAGUGUUCUAUCGCGAGCGAGCUGGUCAGACUUACAACGCCUUCUGGUACUUCGUCGGAGCAACCAUCGUCGAGAUCCCGUACUGCUUCCUCGCAACGUUGAUCUUCCUCAUCAUCUUCUACCCAAUGGUGGGGUUCACGGGUGUGGGCAACUUCUUCGCGUUUUGGUUCUGCCUGUCACUGCUGGUGUUGAUGCAGAGCUACGUCGGUCAACUUUUGAUCUAUCUACUACCCAGUCUGGAUGUGGCUUCCGUUUUCGCGCUGAACAUCAACUCGAUCCUCAUCCUGUUCACCGGCAUGAACCCUCCGGCUUCGUCACUACCUCGCGGUUACGUUUGGUUGUAUCACGCCGUCCCGAACAAGUACACGUUCGCUAGUCUUACAGCAAUUGUGUUUGCCGCUUGUGAUGGCGAUGGAAACGGCCCAGGUUGUCAGGUGAUGACUGGAACUCCACCGACACUCCCUGACGGUACAACAGUGGAAGAGUAUAUGGACAGCUUGUUCUGGAUCAAGCACAGCGAGAUAUGGACCAACUGUGGAUACGUCGUGGCGUGGAUCGUGCUACUAAGGGUGCUAGCUCUUGUAGCACUGCGCUUCGUCAAUCACACCAAGAGAUAAAGGAAAAAGGAGAACGUAAGAAGGUGGUAGGGAUUGUAAGUAAAACAAAUCAAAAAUCCACCCAGGGUCCU